AUCACAUGCUAAUAAAGAUUGUAAUACAUGGGAUUUAUCGUUCGGUGAAAUAUUUCGAUUAUAAAAUGUUUCGUCUUUAUUCUACUUUUGUUUUUGUAAUGGAAUUGGAGCCAUAAUCAGAAAAUUUAAGAAUGUCUUAUACGGACUAUGACGAUUUCCACGGGAGAAAAGGUUCUAUUGGAGCGCACAUAGAUUAUGACACGGUCAGUAUUCCCGGGUCACUUGUAGAGCGUCAACAAAAACGGCCAUAUGAAGGACCGGACGAAUCCUUGCCAGAUCUUGUCGGAUCCAAUGUGACAGACACUGUGUAUCUAGUUAAUUCAUCAGACUUCGUACAUACAUGGAGAAAAUGGCUUGUUGGGCCUUUUUGUUUUUUAUACAUGGCGGCAUUCGUCACAUCAUACUCAACAUUUAUUCAAUAUACAUACUUUAAGGUACAGAAGGACUUGUAUCCAAAUAUAACCCAAAUGAAUGAAACCGGUGCAUGUGACGAUGUUAAUAAAAGUUCUCCAGAUUAUCAAAGACAAGUGAAAGUGCAAGCGCAAUCCUCAGACUGGAAUACAUACACGUCACUAGCUGUAGGAAUACCUGCUAUAUUUGCAAACAUCAUAUUAGGCUCGUGUACAGACAAAUUUGGAAGAAAGUUUCUUUUCUUUUUACCAUGCGUUGGAACGUUAAUUCGAAUGACAGUAACAUUUGUUGGUAUUUAUCUGAACAUCAACCUUGAGUAUUUCCUGAUCGGAUAUAUAAUCGAGGGAUGCACCGGGCAAAUGUUUACCAUGCUUCUAGUGAGUUUCACAUACGUUGCUGAUAUUACUCCCCAAAAGGGAAAGCAACGUUCAUUUGGAAUCACAAUGAUUGAACUCGCUAUAGGAAUAGCAGUUGCUGGAUUUAGUUUCUCCACCGGUUAUUUUAUUCAGAACUGUGGGUUUUACUACCCAAUACUUUCUGCAGUUAUUAUGAUGGCAAUCAACCUUUUGCUCGUAUUUCUGAUACCAGAAAGUUUUCCACCAUCCAAAAGAAAUACAGGAGAAUCGACUCUACAAACAUUGAAAACAGCAUACGAUUUGUUCAUCGGUUCAUUUAACAGAGGUAGAAGAUGGAUGUACAACUUGAUACUCGUUGUAUUUAUGCUAUGUAUGUUCUCCGUAUUUGGCCGCGGAAGUGUCGAACCUUUAUAUCAACUUGGUGAACCUUUUUGCUGGAGUCCAGAGAAACUUGGCCGCUUUAGUGCUGUAAGAAGUCUAUUGCAACAAAUAUGUGGCAUGGGACUUAUCAAAGUGUUUCAGAAAUUUAUGUCAGAUGAAUCGAUAGCCAUGUUUGGAUCGUGUUCGUUUAUUGCCGGCUACGUGAUUGAAGGUUUCGCAAAGACAGACCUCGUAAUGUACAUUGCACCUGUUGUGGCAGCUUGUGGAUUGCUGACCGUUCCCAUGUGCCGAGCACUGUUGUCAAAACUUACACGAUCUGAUCAACAAGGUGCUGUCUUUGCUGCGAUCGCUGCUGUUGAAGCAACCGUUAACUUGGGCGGUUCCGUAAUUGCAAACGCUAUUUACGCAUGCACACUGAGUUUCAACAGGGGCAUCAUCUUCUUCGUUUUCUCCGCUUGCAAUGCAGUCGGAUUCCUUUUGUUGUGGAUAUACAAGAGUGGUUCACUUAAACGCAAGACAUUGGAAAUAAGAUAAAUGGAGACAUUAUAUUUCCGAAACAUUGCUAACGCGUUAUGGUGAAUCUUCAAACUAACGA